AUGAAGAGCAUUGCAUUCAUUAUUGCAACAAUGAGUCUUUGUAUCUUUUUCGUUUGUGUCUUUGCCGCUGCAACAACCAGUGGUGAACCAAAUGUUAUUCAAGUAAAGGAAUUGACUCAAGGAGGCGAAUUGGUAUCUAGGGAGCUUCGCUAUAAACGUAAUAUAAGCAUAAUUGGAAAUCAGUUUAUGCUUGAGAAUGUUCCGUUUCGGAUAAUGUCUGGUUCACUACAUUACUUCAGAGUUCCUCAUCAAUACUGGAGAGAUCGCUUGCGGAAACUCAAAGCAGCUGGACUCAACUCAGUUUCGACAUAUGUAGAAUGGAGUAGCCAUGAGCCCGAAGAAGGAACGGAGACUUUUACAGAAGAUAAUGAUAUCGUCAAAUUUAUCAAGAUAGCGGAAGAAGAAGGUUUAUUUGUGCUCUUGCGACCGGGGCCCUAUAUUUGUGCGGAGAGAGAUUUGGGUGGACUUCCUUACUGGCUACUUGGAAAGUAUCCCAAUAUAAAACUACGUACAACGGACAUAGAUUUUAUAAAUGAAACAAAACGUUGGUUCACCAAACUCUUUGCGCUAAUGCAUCCCUUGCUCUACGGAAAUGGUGGGCCUAUAAUUCUGGUUCAAGUGGAAAACGAGUACGGAAGCUAUGGAGCUAGUAAGCAGUAUAUGGAGCAAGUUCGUGAUCUUAUCUCGCAACUGGUUCAGAACAAUGCACUACUUUACACAACAGAUGGCGCGUAUAGGUCGUAUUUUUUCGAUGGUUCUGUUAACGGGGCUUUGACUACCGUCGACUUUGGACCAGUGAAAAAUGUUACCAGCACAUUUAAGGAUCUUCGAAAUUUCAUGCCGACGGGUCCUCUGAUGAAUUCCGAAUAUUAUCCUGGAUGGCUGACACACUGGACCGAAGACAUACAACGCGUGUCAACUGAUUCUGUAGUCAAAACUCUUCGGGAUAUGCUUGAUAACGACGUUAAUUUUAACUUCUAUAUGUUUUUCGGAGGAACAAACUUCGGUUUUACCUCAGGUGCAAACUACGGCAGCUUCUACCAACCAGAUAUAACUUCAUACGACUAUGAUGCUCCGCUCUCAGAAGCUGGUGACCCGACACCAAAGUAUCAUGCUAUCCGAGAUGCAAUUACACAGUAUAGACCCGAAGUAAAAGACAUACCUCUCCCGACGGUAUCCAAGAAGGGUGCCUACGGAAUAGUUGAUAUGUAUCCCUUGGGACCCCUUUUAUCAAAUGACGGACGUGACGCAUUGGGUAAACAGUAUCCUAAUAUAACAGGCUCCAAACUACCCACUUUCGAAGAGUUGAGGCAAUUUUCAGGUUUAAUUCUGUACGAAACUAGCCUGAAUGAAGGUGGAACGUUGGAAAUAAAAAAACCAAGAGAUUGGAUUUUCGUUUACGUGGAUUAUCGUAUCCAAGGCGUUAUAAACCGCAGAUACAAAGCGUACUCAUUGAAGAUAGAAGCAAAACCUGGAUCACUUCUGUCGCUAUUUGUUGAGAAUCAGGGCCGAAUUAAUUAUGGUCCCAAACUACAUGACUUUAAGGGCAUCUUAAGUCCUGUUUUAUUAAACAACAAAACGUUAGAAGGGUCGUGGUCAAUAACAGGUUACCCAUUGAAAACGCCUCAAGUCACAGACUAUCCGCUACCAUCGGGACAUCAUACCCGUGCGCAAUUGUGUAGUCCUAUGUUGUUCGCGGGAAGCUUCCUCGCACCAGCAAAAGAAGAACCUUUAGACACUUUUAUCGAUACAUCCGGAUGGGGAAAGGGUUAUGCAUUCGUCAACGAUCACCUUCUCGGAAGAUAUUGGCCAGAAGCAGGUCCCCAAGCAACCCUUUACGUACCCGGAGUCUGGCUAAAAUCCGCGCCAGAGCGAAACGUGGUUGUUUUGAUUGAAAUGAUGGCAGAAAAUACUGAUCUCAGUUGUGCAGUGGGACCACCGUGUUCUUUGGUGCUUACCGAUGGAUCAAUUUUUCAAGGACGAAGCUUUGGUGCCAAGGUGCCGGUAGAGGGAGAAGUUGUCUUUCAAACUGGUAUGGUGGGCUAUCCGGAGUCUUUGACUGACCCCUCGUAUCACGCUCAAUUAUUGGUGCUAACGUAUCCUUUAGUUGGUAAUUACGGCGUGCCAGAUGAAAAUGAGUGUGACGAGUAUGGUCUACCUAAGUGGUUCGAAUCAAAUAAAAUAUGGGCUGCUGCACUUAUUGUGGGCCAAGUAAGCACGGAAGCCUGUCAUUGGCGCGCCAAGAAGUCUCUCGGGAAAUGGUUAGAGAGCAGAGGUGUGCCCGGUCUUUGUGAUGUUGAUACCAGAGCACUUACAAUCCGGCUUCGUGAGGGUGUUACAUUGGGUAGGAUCGUUCAAGGAGUUCCACCCUUUGGAAUAAUGCCACCUCUUACAGAUCCGAAUGCAAGAAACUUAGUAGCAGAAGUAUCUAUACAGGAACCAAGAAUAUUUAAUCCAAACGGUGAUGUAACUAUAGUGGCUGUGGAUUGUGGUUUGAAAUAUAACCAAAUUAGAUGUUUGAUUAAGAGAAAUGCUAAAGUAGUCUUAGUGCCAUGGAAUUACUCUUUUAAUGACGUCAAGAGUUACGACGGAAUCUUUAUCAGCAAUGGACCUGGUGACCCGGAAGUAUGCAAGAGCACUGUAGAUAAUUUACGAUCUAAACUGCAAGAAAAAAACAACAUAAAACCAAUCUUCGGCAUCUGUUUAGGUCAUCAGCUAUUAGCUACUGCAGCAGGAUGCAAAACUUAUAAAACAAGAUAUGGAAAUCGAGGUCACAAUUUACCCUGCACACACAAUGGAACAGGCCGUUGUUUUAUGACGUCGCAAAAUCACGGGUUUGCCGUUGAUACAAAAUCCCUACCUGAAAAUUGGGAUAUAUUGUUUACUAAUGAAAACGACAAGACAAAUGAGGGUAUAUGCCACAAAUCAUUACCCUACUUCAGUGUUCAGUUUCAUCCAGAACACACAGCGGGUCCGACUGAUUUAGAAUGUCUCUUCGAUGUCUUUAUCGAUUUAGUAAAAUUAUACAAAAAUAAGCAACAACGAAUUGUUAAUGAAAUGAUUAUUGAAAAAAUUAGGUUUACGCCUACGCUGCAUGACAGGCCAAAAAAAGUUUUAAUCCUAGGUUCAGGUGGACUUUCCAUUGGCCAGGCUGGUGAGUUUGACUAUUCUGGGUCUCAAGGUGUCAAAGCCAUGCAAGAAGAGAAAAUACAAACUGUUUUAAUAAACCCUAACAUUGCAACUGUACAAACAUCAAAAGGCUUAGCCGAUAAAGUAUACUUUCUCCCGAUUACACCAGAAUAUGUUGAACAAGUAAUUAAAGCUGAACGACCAACUGGUGUGCUCUUAACGUUCGGUGGCCAAACUGCAUUAAACUGUGGAGUCGAAUUAGAGAAGAAUAAAAUUUUCGACAAAUACAACGUUAAUGUUCUCGGGACUCCUAUACAGUCCAUUGUAGAUACUGAGGACAGAAAAAUCUUUGCUGAAAAAAUUAAUGCAAUAGGAGAAAAGGUAGCGCCCAGUGCAGCUGUAUCGUCAGUGGAAGAAGCUCUAGCGGCUGCCGUACAAAUUGGCUACCCAGUAAUGUCGCGUUCUGCAUUUUCAUUAGGUGGCUUGGGAUCAGGUUUUGCUAAUAACGAAGAAGAACUUAAAACUCUUGCUCAUCACGCCCUUUCGCAUUCAGAGCAACUUAUUAUUGAUAAAUCUCUUAAGGGCUGGAAAGAAGUUGAGUAUGAGGUCGUAAGAGAUGCAUAUGACAACUGUAUAACAGUUUGUAAUAUGGAAAAUGUUGAUCCACUCGGUAUUCAUACUGGAGAAUCUAUUGUCGUCGCCCCAAGUCAAACCUUAUCGAACCGAGAAUAUUACAUGUUAAGAAAUACGGCUAUAAAAGUAAUAAGACAUUUUGGAAUAGUCGGUGAAUGUAACAUUCAAUAUGCCUUAAAUCCCAACUCCGAAGAAUUUUACAUAAUAGAAGUAAAUGCGCGUCUAUCUAGAAGCUCCGCGUUAGCUAGUAAAGCUACAGGAUAUCCCUUAGCAUAUGUUGCUGCUAAAUUAGCUCUCGGUAUACCGCUGCCUGUGAUAAAAAAUUCCGUUACUGGGGUUACCACAGCUUGCUUUGAACCAAGUUUGGAUUACUGUGUAGUUAAAGUACCUCGGUGGGAUUUAGCUAAAUUUAACAGAGUAAGUACGAAAAUAGGAAGUUCUAUGAAGAGUGUUGGUGAAGUAAUGGCGAUAGGUAGGAGUUUCGAAGAAGCUUUCCAGAAAGCAUUACGAAUGGUGGAUGAAAAUGUUAACGGUUUCGAUCCAUACAUAAAACAAGUUAACGACAAUGACUUGCGAGAACCUACAGACAAAAGAAUGUUUAUUUUAGCCGCAGCAUUGAAAGAAGGAUACUCUGUUAAAAAAAUAUACGAACUGACUAAAAUUGAUCCUUGGUUUUUAAACAAAAUGAAAAACAUUAUAGACUAUUAUGGCAACUUGGAAGCAAUAAAUGGACCUAUAUCUGCGGAAUUGUUAAAAAAAGCUAAACAAAUAGGGUUUUCGGAUAAACAAAUCGCUGCAGCAAUAAAAAGUACAGAUUUAGCCGUUCGAAAACUAAGAGAAGAAUAUUCGAUCACACCAUUUGUUAAGAAGAUUGAUACUGUAGCUGCUGAAUGGCCAGCUUCUACAAAUUAUUUAUAUUUGACAUAUAACGCAAGCACACAUGAUUUGGAGUUCCCGGGAGAGUUUGUAAUGGUUUUGGGAUCCGGUGUGUACAGAAUAGGUAGUUCCGUAGAAUUCGAUUGGUGUGCUGUUAGCUGUCUAAGAGAAUUAAAGAACCAGGAAAAGAAAACAAUAAUGAUAAAUUAUAACCCUGAAACAGUAAGUACUGACUACGACAUGAGCGAUAGACUUUAUUUCGAAGAAAUUUCUUUUGAGGUUGUAAUGGAUAUUUAUAACAUAGAACAUCCAGAAGGUGUGAUUUUAUGUAUGGGUGGACAGUUACCUAAUAAUAUUGCUAUGGAUUUACAUAGACAGCAAGCUGUUAUAUUAGGUACUUCACCUGAUAUGGUUGAUAACGCAGAAAAUAGAUUCAAGUUUUCAAGAAUGCUGGAUCGUAGAGGAAUAUUACAGCCACGGUGGAAAGAAUUGACAAACCUAGAGUCAGCCAUUAAUUUUUGCGAGGAAGUAGGCUAUCCGUGCUUAGUUCGUCCAUCAUACGUACUAAGUGGUGCCGCAAUGAACGUAGCUUACUCUCACCAAGAACUUGAAACUUAUCUUAAGUCUGCCAGUCAAGUUAGCAAAGAUUAUCCUGUGGUUAUUUCAAAAUAUAUUCUGGAUGCUAAAGAGAUUGAUGUAGAUGUCGUAGCUGCGGAUGGUAUUCUGUUGUGUAUGGCUGUUUCUGAACACGUAGAAAAUGCCGGUGUUCACUCGGGGGAUGCUACAUUAGUCACACCUCCGCAAGACAUCAACAAAGAAACUUUGGAGAAAAUAAAAGACAUCGCUAGAAUAAUUGCAGAAACACUAGAUGUGACUGGACCGUUUAACAUGCAGCUCAUAGCUAAGGAUAAUGAAUUGAAAGUCAUAGAAUGCAAUGUACGAGUAUCGAGAUCGUUCCCAUUUGUUUCAAAGACACUCGACCACGACUUUGUUGCUAUGGCUACUAAAGUCAUCCUUGGUAUACCUGUGGAACCCGUAGAUGUAAUGAGCGGUUGUGGUAAAGUUGGAGUGAAGGUUCCACAGUUUUCAUUUUCAAGACUCUCAGGCGCUGAUGUUACUUUGGGCGUAGAAAUGGCUUCAACAGGAGAAGUAGCUUGUUUCGGUGAAAACAGAUAUGAAGCUUAUCUCAAAUCUCUUACGAGCACUGGAUUUAGAAUUCCUAAAAAGGCUAUUUUGCUAUCUAUAGGAACAUUUAAGCAUAAAAUGGAGCUCCUACCAAGUGUAAGGGUUUUACAGAAAAUGGGAUAUAAACUUUAUGCCAGUAUGGGAACAGGUGAUUUCUACACUGAGCACGGAAUAGAUGUAGAAAGUGUACAAUGGACAUUUGAUCAUAUUGGGGACCUAGACGAUGCAAGAUCAGAUGGAGAAUUGAUGCAUUUAGCAGACUUUAUGGCGAGACGUCAAUUAGAUCUUGUUAUUAAUCUACCAAUGAGAGGUGGUGCUCGACGUGUUUCUUCGUUUACAACACAUGGUUAUCGUACCAGACGCCUAGCAGUCGAUUAUGCCGUUCCUUUAGUAACUGAUGUUAAAUGUGCAAAACUUUUAGUACAGGCAAUGUUGAAAUGUGGCGGUGCACCAGUUAUGAAAACACAUACUGAUUGUAUGACUUCAAGAAAUAUUAUUAAACUACCUGGUUUCAUCGAUGUCCAUGUACACGUUAGAGAACCAGGUGCAACGUAUAAGGAAGAUUUUGAUUCUUGCACUGCUUCUGCUCUAGCUGGUGGUAUAACAAUGAUUUGCGCUAUGCCAAACACUAAUCCACCGGUUGUGGAUCGCACAUCAUUUGAUUACGUCGCUGCGCUCUCGCGGGUUAGUUCUCGCUGUGAUUACGCACUAUAUAUGGGUGCAUCUACUAGCAACUCAGAAACCGCUGCUGAACUAGCACCGCAAUCGGCGGCAUUAAAAAUGUAUCUCAAUGAAACAUAUACAACCCUUAAGCUCGACGACAUGACAGUUUGGCAAAAGCAUCUCCAAAAUUGGCCAAAGAAAAUACCUAUCUGUGCACACGCAGAGCGGGAAAAAACUGGAGCAAUUAUACUUAUGGCCUCCCUCCUUGAUAGACCUAUUCAUAUUUGUCACCUAGCUCGAAAAGAAGAAAUUUUGAUCGUGAAGGCUGCUAAAGAACGAGGUCUAAAAGUAACAUGUGAAGUGUGUCCUCAUCACUUAUUUUUGAGUACAAAUGAUGUUGACCGUAUUGGCAAAGGACGUGCGGAAGUGAGACCAGUUUUGUGUAGUCCUGAAGACCAAGAAGCACUUUGGAAUAAUAUGGACGUAAUCGAUAUAUUUGCAACUGAUCAUGCACCACAUUCGGUUGAAGAGAAGUUUUCAGAAAAACCUCCACCGGGUUUUCCGGGUCUCGAGACAAUUCUUCCAUUGCUUUUAAAUGCAGUUCACCAAGGUCGAUUGACAAUGGAAGAUUUAAUCAAUAAAUUCCACCGAAAUCCGCGAAAAAUAUUUAACUUACCCGAACAACCUAACACUUACGUAGAAGUUGAUAUGGACUAUGAAUGGACUAUACCCGACGCCAUGGAAUUUACAAAGUCUAAGUGGACUCCAUUUGCAGGCAUGCACGUUUGUGGUUCUAUCCACCGUGUCACCUUACGAGGUGAGAUUGCGUAUGUCGAAGGACAAAUAUUAGUGCCGCCAGGUUUUGGACAAAACGUGCGCGAAUGGCCAGCACCCAAAAAGCAGACAUUCCCAAUUUAUUCAAUAGAAAAAGUGGAAAAAGAGACCAGUCGUCCCAACUCUGCCUUAGAUUUCCAUAGUUCAUUGGAAGUUAGUAAAUACAGUGACUACGAGUUGGAUCAAAAUGAAACAACUAAACCAGAUAAUAAGUUAAACGUGCAUUUUAACGAAGGCGCAGCUUUAAGGAGCACUUCGCCGUUACCGCAACCGACAACGAGACAGAGAUGUGACAGUUCGUCUUAUUACAACCCUCCUCAAACUACGUCGUCACAACGACAACGCAGUGAUUUGUUCGGCAAAAGUAUCCUCACAGUGGACACGUUUAGUAAAGACACCCUAAAUGAUAUUUUCAAUUUGGCUCAAUUUAUGAAAACGAAUGUGAGCAAAGGCAGAUGUCUCGAUGAUUUGCUACGAGGCAAAGUAAUGGCGUCGAUCUUUUAUGAAGUGAGCACGCGAACAAGUUGUAGUUUCGCUGCAGCAAUGCAAAGACUUGGCGGUUCAGUGAUACAUACAGAUGCAACAAAUUCGUCGGCUAAGAAAGGCGAAACGCUAGAAGACAGUGUAGCUGUUAUGGCUAGCUAUUCUGAUGUGGUGGUCCUUCGUCAUCCAGAACCCGGUGCAGUAGCGAAAGCAUCAAGGCACUGUCGUAAACCUGUCAUAAAUGCUGGUGAUGGUGUUGGGGAACACCCCACUCAAGCAUUGCUUGAUAUCUUCACUAUUAGAGAAGAGAUUGGUACUGUGAAUGGUUUGACAAUUACUAUGGUGGGUGAUUUAAAAAAUGGCCGCACAGUCCAUUCCUUAGCUCGCUUGUUAACAUUAUACCAAGUUCAACUUCAGUAUGUGAGUCCACCAGGGUUAGGGAUGCCGAAACAUAUCAUGGAUUAUGUGGCGCAGAAAGGUGUUCCACAAAGAGUGUAUGAAAGAUUAGAGGACGUUCUUGCUGAUACCCACGUUUUAUAUAUGACGAGAAUUCAAAGAGAAAGAUUUGAAAGUCAAGAAGAAUAUGAAAAGAUUCGCGGGUUGCUUAUCGUGACUCCCCAACUAAUGACACGAGCAAAACGUCGGAUGGUCGUAAUGCACCCUUUGCCUCGGGUCGAUGAAAUCUCUCCAGAAUUCGACACUGACCCCCGCGCUGCAUACUUCAGACAGGCGGAAUAUGGAAUGUAUGUGCGAAUGGCACUUCUAGCUAUGGUCGCUAGUGUGAAUCCACUUAUUUGA